GUCGUGAGGACAAGUGGUGCCUGGAAUAAAAACUUAGGGCAAAAUUAAUCAAGAUAAAUAUAGUGCUUACGUAAUAAACCUUAGCUAAAAAGGCUUCAAUGAGGUAGUUUACCUGUCGAUAGAAACCGAACUGAGAAAGUAUUGCAUGAGUGAUAGCACCAUACCAUCCUGUGGACAAAAAUGAACCAAACUCCUCCAGAGAGAACUGGCCUUGACCCCUCCUUGCUGAUAGACCAACUCUUCGAGCUAUGGAACAUGAAAGAUCUGCAGACGCUGCGUUUGGCAGCCCUCCAGGGAUUUUCAAAGCUGUCUGAGCCGCUUGAGGCUUUACUAACAAUCCUGGAGAGCUGUCCAGGCAAACAGAAGGGUCGGAGCCACAACCUGGGUCAUCACAUCCUCACAGAAUUCCAGACAUGGAUGAAGGAACAUCCUCAGGUACACCUCAGCUCACUGUCUGAACAACAAACAGUGGCACUCCAGCAACGUGCUCUUUGCCUGCUGACCGAUACUCAACCCAACUUUUCGGACAAUCUCAUAAAUAUCUACCAACUGAAAUCCUUAGACCCAUCUAUACUACGUUUGCACAUUGUACGGUUGCAGGCUCUUAAUUGUUUUAAAGAGGCUGCAGUGUUGACCAUAAAACUGGAAUUACAGAGGGAAUUUAAUGUAGAGGAGAUGUGCGUACCGCUAAUCUUGCAGGAUAAGUUGUCAUUGGCAGAGUCCUUUGUCACAGGCCACCAUCAGCUAGAACAACAACUUGUCAUACUGCUUGACUCUUGGUGUCACCCCAGCUUCAACAUAAAAGAUAUAAAGACGCAGUUCCCUCACCUCUUUCUGUCCAAACAUCACGCAGCUCAGAUCCAGCCCAAAAUGCUCACUAAACAUGUCUUACGACUUGUGGAGAAAUUCAAGAUAGACCAAGGACUGUGUCCUAAUGCUUUUCAUAAGAGGAGACUAGACACCCUGCGCUACCUCAUGUAUAAGACAUUUGUGGAUAGAGGCAUGACAGAAGAGAACUGGGCUGAUCAUGUACAGUAUGUAGUGGCAGAUGACCUCGAGCUACAAAUAAGUUUAGUAGAGAUGUUGGUGAAGUACUGUGGUCUUCGGAAAGCCUCGCAGUGGUCUCUGAGAUACAACAUCCCCAGAUAUCGACUUCCGUUAAGGGUAUGGGAAACACAGCAGAGUCUACCAUCUAAUCUACAACAGAUAUGCUUGAAUAAUUUAGCACAAGGGGAGGAGUGGGUACCAUCUCAGUCUCACUGUGAGAAGUUCUACCAAGUGCCUCUCACCAAAGACAAAGUUCACAUUGUGGACACACAAGAAGCUCUCCAAGGAUGUCAAAGCAUUGUGCUAAAGGAAGGUGGUAUAGUAGGAGUUGACAUGGAGUGGAGGCCACAUUUUGGCUGUAGCUCAGCUCAGCAGGUUGCACUCAUACAGCUUGCAGUUUAUGACCAAGUUUUUUUAGUAGACCUUUGCACAAGAGGGUUCUGUCAACACCCGGACACUAGAGGCUUCAUCAGGGCAUUGUUCUCUUCACAAAAUGUGCUUAAACUGGGAUAUGGUAUGUUGGGGGAUCUCAAAUGUCUCUUGGCCACCUGGCCUCAGUUAUCAGAGGAGCUGCUAAAGAUGGAGGGGAUGCUUGAUCUUCUUAGUGUGCACCAAAAGAUUCAGCGAAGUAAGGCCAGUCAGAUUCAAAAUGGCCCUGGUAAAAGAGAUGUUCUGGUAGGGGAGGACUGUGCAGAAAAAGGCCUCAGUCUGUUGGUACAACAGGUCCUGGGAAGGCCCCUGGACAAGACAGAGCAGAUGUCCAACUGGGAGAAGCGGCCACUGCGCAUCAGCCAAAUUAGAUAUGCAGUGGCAGAUGCAUACUGUUUGCUGGAUGUGUACUCAGUUCUCUCCAGCAACCCAGCAAGCUUUGGGCUGCCAGCUGAUCUGCGCAGUAUUUCUUCAAGCCAAUCAGAGACGAGCAAAGACAAGAAACAGAAGGAGAAACAGGGAAAGAAGACAAAAAAGGCUCUUGACAAAGAGGAAUGUCAGGGGGCUCAAAGGGUCAGUCCCCUUCGUUGUGACACAGAGAAAGGCCUCCUGUGUGGCGAGAAGCCUUCGGAAGAAUCCCCCCCUCUGCCACCUCAGCAGUUGCGGGUGGUGUGUGACAAUAUGCUGCAAGGACUUGGAAGGUACCUGCGCUGUUUAGGAGUUGACGUGGUCAUGUUGGAGAACACUGAUGAUCACAGAGUAGCAGCAAAGUUGGCUCAAGCUGAAGGCCGCGUCAUUCUCACAUGUGGACAGCCAUUCCAAAGUUUACGUUCCCAGGUGGGUGAGGGUCGCUGCCUUUCCCUAGACUGUUCAGAAAAGGCCAGAGACCAGGCUGUUCGAGUCCUCAGGCACUUCAACGUCCGGCCUACUCCCAGCGACAUUUUCAGUCGCUGCCAGGCAUGUAACAGUGAUCAGUAUGUGGCAGUUCCCCAAGCAGACAUGGUCAGGAUGCUUAAAGAAAAAGGAUAUUUGCAGGACCACAACAUUUCUGACCACACUCUAGAGAGUUCCUGUCAACAGGAAGAGCAGAAGCUUGAUGACAUUCUGACCCCGGGUGUGACCCCUGAACCUCCCAGGUAUGCCACUCAGUGUCGCUGGGCCUCCCUUGCAGGACUGGACCGUGACACACUGACCUUUCCCGGGGGGUCGCCCAUUCAGCUGCACACCGUGCCCCCCGCACUGCUGCAGAGGAUACCGCUGUUUUAUGUCUGCACCAGAUGUGGCAAGGUGUUCUGGGAAGGCUCUCACUUUGGGCGCGUCCUCUCCUUGUUUCAGGAGGUCCUACACAUAACAGAUGAGGACAGUGACUCAGCAGCAGUGGCUUUACAGCAGCACAGCACGACUGGCUGAUCCAGAGCUGCUAAUAUUUACCUGACCUGAAAUAUGUUUUAUUUCACUUAAGGUGGACAGCAAGUUUUUUCAACAGGAAUUUCAACCAUUUUGUUUGUUGUUGUUUACAAAAAGUUUUGUCUUUUUUUGCUUCUUAUAAAUUCCACAUUGGUCCAAAGUCACAGAAAGCAAGAAUUAACCCUUUCAUCCUCUGACAUGAGUGAAUAAAUGUUUAUGCUUGGACAGGUCAACAACCUGACCACCAGUGUUGGAGCUCUGUUUACUUAAAAGAUUACCAAAGUUAAAUCACUCAUUCAGUCAGACAAAUGCCAGAUUUAGUCUGUAUACAUGCUUUUAGAAGUUUUAAAUUAUUUAAUUAUAAACAUUUAAGACUGUAAGAGUUCAGGUGUAUUUUAAUUUCAGUUGUCUAAGACAAGCCAUGGUGUAUCUACGUUUUUGUUCUAUUUUAUGUUAAUUUUUUGUUAAUUAAAUUUUUGUGAUUAUACCAAAAUUCACAUUUGAGAUGACAGUUUGGAAAGUAUUCUUUGAAUUGCAGUACGUUAAUUUCUCAAGAACAUUUUUCACUCAACAGCACUCUUAUGUAGUGCAUGCACCAUCUUUAUUGCAUGGUGUGGCUCAAAGUUAUUAUUUUUAUAUAUGUAGAUAUAUAUAAAGACAAUUGUCCUUCCAUUGUUGGUGCUUUUGACACUUUGCCUCAGUUGAGGUUCCAGUAAAUUAAUUUGUAGGAAUUGAUUGCAAAACACCGGGCAUGGAUUCUCCAGCCAUGUGCAUAAUUCUGGUAAGCAUGUGCAUGAAUUUAUAACUCUAUGAGAACAUUUCAAACAUCUCGUGUUCAUUAGCUCUGCCAGAGGAAAACUCUGUGGUGUGUCAUUUUUCCCACCUCUUUUUGUGACACUACCUUGAGAAACAGCUGAUCCAUCUUAAAGAGUUACUACAUGCAUUUGAAAUUAAAGUAAAAGCUGAUUCAAGCCAUGCCACGCAACGGAGAAAUAAUAAAUGUUCAAUAACGUCUGUGGGAACAUCUGUUGACAACUUUUCUGAUGUCUUUUUAUUAUUAUUUUACAUGAUUGUUGUGAUUAACUGUAAUCGCAAAACUUUUUUUAAUUAAUGUGGUCUACUGUUUAUUUUCACUCUUUUUUAAUACAUUUAUCUAAUGUUAAUUGUUUAACCACAUGUGUAAACAAAUACAUUUUGCAUUUGAA